AUGAGCAAGUCAACCGAGCGCGCGGCGCACGCCCUCUCCGAACAGCUCCUCAAUGCGACCUUCUCCGGCAUCGAGGCCACCGCCCGCCACUUCGCGCCGCUCAACUCCUCCGCGUCCAUCCUGGCACGCACUCUCGGCUCGUCCCUCAACGGCACCACGGACCUCUCCUUCGACGAGAUCCGAUCCCGCGUGGCACCUCCCCUCUUCCUCUCCCUCUCCGUCCUCCCCCACGCCUCCCGAGCCUCCUACGCCGGCAACGACGCCCUCACUUUCUCAUACUUCACCGACAACGACGACACCUUCGCCGUAUUCUCGAAUUCCACCGCGCCUUCUUCGUGCUACGUCCAGCCUGUCAACCGUGACACUGGCAGGCUGUAUGGACAGCCCGUCUCGUGUGCACCGAAAGUUCACGCCAACUCGACUAUUGGCGGCGCCGCAGCGACGGAAUUCGACGAAAAGGGGAACCUACAGUUCGUUUACGGCGCGGCGAUGGACGGGAGAGGAUACGUGACGGUCGGUUUUCCGGCAGCGGCGGUCGCCGGACAUUUUUCGGGGCUUAAUUUCAACGGCGGGGAUUUCCAGCUGGCGACGGCUGAUGGGCGGGUGAUUGUCGGGAGCAAGCUUCGGGAGGUACGCGUGGACGUGAAAAACGGGACGGUGUCGGUGGAUAAGAGUAGUGGGCACUACUAUUCUUGCGAGGAUCGUUUUCACACGAGGAUUAAGGGGAAGAGGCACGUGUUUUAUUGCUCGGGUGUUCAGAUUGGUGGGAUUGCGUCGGUUUACGUGCUGGCCUUGCCGACGAGGGGUUUGGCUCACGAGAAUCGACCGCUGGUGAUGACGCUUUUAGUGCUUGUAUUGGUUAUAAUAGUGGUGUCGGUGGGGGGUUAUGUGAUCGCGGCGGUGAGGUAUGCGAGGCGAGAGAUGUUUCUGUGUGCGGCAUUGGUGAAGCAGAUGGACUCGACUCAGCAGGCGGAGCGCAAGAGUAUGAACAAGAGUCUCGCGUUCGCCAGUGCCAGCCAUGAUAUACGUGCCUCGUUGGCUGCCAUAACCGGCCUCAUUGAUCUUUGCCUUGAUGACGAGAAGGUUCACUCGAAUAUUGCUGCCAGCUUGGGCCAGAUGAGUAAUUGCGCGACAGACCUCUUAGGUAUAUUAAAUUCGGUUCUCGACACAAGUAAAAUAGAGGCCGGGAAAAUGCAGCUUGAGGAGGAGGAGUUCAACGUGGCGCAGCUUCUGGAGGACGUGGUUGACAUGUUCUAUCCAGUUGGGAUGAAAAAAGGCGUGGAUGUUGUGCUCGACCCAUGUGAUGGCUCCAUCUUGAAGUUCAGCAAUGUCGUGGGUGACAAGGGAAAGCUCAAACAAAUACUAAGUAAUUUACUAAGCAAUGCCACUAAAUUCACCUCGGAAGGCCACAUCUUGGUUCGUGCUACGGUCAGAAAAACGAGCAUCGAGAACGAAAUAAUCGCUUCAAAUCGGAAGAGCGUGUUGAGCUGCCUCUCGAAAAUGUGCGACAAGAACAAAGGAAGCCUGAGCAAUCUGGAGAGCCUUCACACUGUUCAGGAGAAUCCUGAUUCCAUGGAGUAUGUGUUUGAAGUCGACGAUACCGGAAAGGGAAUCCCGAGAGACAGACAGCGGUCGGUUUUCGAAAACUUUGUUCAGGUUAAAGAGACAGCCCAAGGACAAGGCACUGGUCUUGGACUAGGAAUUGUUCAGUCCUUAGUUCGUCUAAUGGGGGGUGAAAUAAAGAUUGUGAACAAGGAGCAUGGCCAAAGGGGCACUUGCUUCAGAUUCAACGUGUUCCUCAUUGCACGUGACCGUACAAGUGGCGAUAUAGAGGAAGGAAUAAUGAGCUAUGCUAAUAACGAUGACGGUGACAUUCACAGUCGUUUUGGGAUGCAUUUUCGGUCUGUACCUCCGAAGUCAGAUGCAUCCCACGUCAUUCUCUAUAUAGCCGGCGAGGCUCGCCGGAAAAUAUCCAAACGGUUGAUCCGUAGCUUCGGCCUAAGGGUAUUGGCGGUCAAAAGAACCGUUGACUUCCACCGAGCACUCGAGAGGAUAAAGCAAAAGGCCGACCCCAUGUCAUCUCCCGAGACCUUUCGCGAGUCGAGCCCAAAGGAAGAACGCCCGAGCUCAAUCCUUGUUGUGAUCGAUUCAAACGCGGGUCCCGUUUCCGAGCUGUCGGCAGCCUUGGCCGGGUUUCGAAAAGAGGUUCAGAAUGCGGCGUGUAAGUUCGUGUGGUUGGAGAAUCUCGUGAAGCAAAACAGCUCUUUGGGGGAUGAGAAAAUGAUCGUGAGGCUUUGUGAUCAUGUCCUCAGUAGACCUCUGCACGGGUCCCACCUUUAUCGUGUUCUUGGUCUGCUCCCUGAAUUCGGAGGUAGUAGCCUUCUUGGAGGAAAGACUCAAAUAACCGAAGAUAUUCAUUUUUACUCGAAGGAGAGAAAGAUACAGACGGCCGAGGUGAAAAUUGUGAGGGCCCCAGAGAAUGAAGUAGAGAGUAUCGAGAAGAAGCCCUUGGAAGGGAAAAAUGUUUUGGUGGUAGAAGAUGACAACACACUGCGCAUGCUGUCGACGAAAAUCCUUGGCAAACUUGGAGCGAAUAUCCAAGUUUGCCAGAAUGGAGAAGAAGCUCUGGAUUUAGUGUGCCAGAGGUUAAAAGAUGGGGAGGAAGGUGGUCUUCCCUUUGAUUGCAUCUUCAUGGAUUGCAAGAUGCCCGUGAUGGGUGGAUUUGAAGCAACAAGGUUGAUCAGAAAGGAGGAGCAAGUGCACGGAGUCCACAUUCCUAUUGUAGCUCUAACUUCGUACUCAGCACCAGAAGAGAUUAGUUUGACCAGUAAAGCCGGGAUGGAUUUCCAUUUGGUGAAGCCAUUAAGGAUAGAUGAUGUGUUGAAGAUGAUCAAAGACCAUUCCUUCUUGUAG